GAAACCAUAAACCCUGCUAAUUCUCGUGCCUUCCUCACCUUAAAGCUCACUUUUUCUCCUUCAACAUAAAUGAUGCCCCCUGAGCAGGAGACACGCCUCACCCGCGGCCCAGCCACCGCUCUCGUCAGGAACCGGACCGACAGUGCUUCCACCCAUGCCGACCCGCCCGGUUCAGCAAGCAACGUAAGCCCAUGUGUGGAAGAUGAAUUGCUAGACCACCAACCAACCCCGGUUCGAUUCUCCAACAUUCUACGUCAAUCCCUCCGUCCAGUGACUCUCAAGUUUGAAGAUGUGUGUUAUAGCAUUAAGCUGCAAACCACAGAGGGAACCUGCUUCGCUCCACCCAGCUCCAAACCCGCCCGAGCCAUACUCAACGGCGCGAGUGGAAUGGUCCGACCCGGCGAGUUACUCGCAAUGCUGGGUCCCUCCGGCAGCGGCAAGACCACCCUCCUCACCGCCCUCGCAGGCCGGCUCUCCGGCAAAAUUACAGGCACAAUUACCUACAACGACCAGCCCUUCUCCGGCGCCGUCAAGCGCAAGACGGGCUUCGUCGCCCAGGACGACGUGCUCUACCCCCACCUCACCGUCCUCGAGACCCUAACCUACGCGGCCCUGCUCAGACUUCCGAGUCAACUCACCCGAGCCGAGAAGGUCCAGCAGGCCGAGUUGAUCAUCUCGGAACUCGGCCUGACCCGGUGCCGAAACAGCGCCGUUGGUGGGCCCCUGUUCCGGGGCCUGUCUGGCGGGGAACGCAAACGGGUCAGCAUCGGGCAGGAGAUGCUGGUGAACCCGAGUCUGCUCUUGCUGGACGAGCCCACGUCGGGCCUGGACUCAACCACGGCUCAGCGAAUCGUGUCGGUGCUGCGGGGGCUGGCUCGUGGGGGCAGAACCGUAAUUACAACCAUACAUCAGCCGUCGAGCAGGCUCUUCCGGAUGUUUGACAAGGCAGUGGUUUUGUCGGAGGGUUGCCCGAUUUACAGCGGGGAUGCGGAUCGGGUCAUGGAGUAUUGCGGGUCGAUCGGGUACGGACCCGGGUUCAAUUUCGUAAACCCUGCUGAUUUUCUGCUCGAUCUUGCUAAUGGUAUAGCUCCUGCUACUAGACAAGAAGAUCAACAAGAGCUCCAUGGAAGAUCAGUUGAUGAUCAGAACUCAACCAAACAACACCUUAUAUCAUGUUACAAAAAGAAUAUUUACCCUGCCUUGAAAGCUGAGAUUCAAGGAACUCAUUUGGGCCCUGCUCUUUCCACCCCGGGAAAAAAAUCAUCAUCCCAAAGCUUUGAGAAUCAAUGGACUACCAGCUGGUGGGAACAGUUCAAUGUGCUGCUGAGGAGAGGUUUGCGCGAGAGGAAGCAUGAAUCAUAUUCGGGCUUGAGAAUUUUUCAGGUCAUGUCAGUUUCUAUUCUUUCGGGACUUCUGUGGUGGCACUCUAAUCCUUCACACCUACAAGAUCAGGUGGGGCUUCUCUUCUUCUUCUCCAUUUUCUGGGGCUUCUUUCCCCUAUUCAAUGCCAUAUUUGCAUUCCCUCAAGAGCGGCCGAUGCUUAUAAGAGAACGCUCCUCGGGCAUGUAUCGCUUGUCCUCCUACUACUUUGCCCGAACAAUGGGUGACCUACCGAUGGAGCUCGUGCUCCCAACCAUCUUUGUGACGGUCACGUAUUGGAUGGGAGGUCUAAGGCCUUCACUAACCACAUUUGUUCUGACACUCUUGAUCGUCCUCUUCAAUGUUCUAGUUUCUCAAGGACUCGGACUAGCCCUCGGAGCCAUUCUAAUGGAUGUGAAACAAGGCACGACCCUGGCUUCUGUGACUAUGCUUGUGUUCUUACUGGCCGGUGGAUACUACAUUCAACACAUUCCACCCUUCAUAGCUUGGUUGAAGUACAUAUCUUUUAGUCACUACGGCUAUAAGCUGCUGGUGGGUGUGCAGUACACAGAGAAUGAGGUUUAUCAGUGUGGGGUGGGUGUGCAGUGCAGGGCAGUGGACUUUCCUGCAAUUCAGUAUUUGGGUAUUGAUAAUAACUGGUUGGAUGUGGCUGCUUUGGCUGCAAUGCUGGUGGGUUAUAGGCUGUUGGCUUAUGUAGCAUUGAGGAUGGGGAAACCUCAUUGACUGCACAGAGAUUGGAGACUGAAAGUGAAGAAUCUCAAAGAAACUGAAGAAGAGGUUCUCCAAUUCGAUCGAAUGAUCAUGAACCCAAAACGUAAUCUCGAACCCAACCGGCCAGCAGAAGCAGUGUGAUUCACAAUCUCCCUUAAUUUGGACAGCAUGGAUAAAUGUAAAUUGAAUUCUAAUUGUUCAAAACCUUAUGUUAUCCAAUUCCAUGGAAUUUUAGAUAAUGUCCUUGAUUAUUUUAGUGAAAAUCUCUUUAAUUCCAAGUUUAUGCAA